AUGGGCAUGACUCUCUCUACCUCCGAAAAAUUUAUUUACCGUCGCCUGAAAGACUAUAUCAUAGAGCAUGGUCACCCGCUCGAUAAGAAAUCCGCGAAAGCCCUCGCCAAAUGGUUAGAACAACGCAAACUCAAAAUCACAGAAGACACCACAGUCGAGCAGUGGGAAGCCAUAGGCUUCCAGCUGUGGCGAGCGGGCGAUAAGGGUGACCAGCUCGGGAAAAAGGCGAUCUUAGCCUGGAGGCUUGUUCUGAUGGUGCUACAGCACCAAAUGAUGAACAAGAACGUCAGCACUAACAACAAAGACGCUGAUAUCUCCAAGAAAAACUCAGAAAGCACCAAGAACACGGACAAGGACAUUGACACCAUUGAAAAGGACACUACAAACAACACUGGAAACGACUCACAAAAUGGCGGGAGGGAGAAGAACAUUCCAGCGAUCACACAAAAUGGCGGGAGGGAGGAGACAGAGUCAGACUCACAAAAUGGCGGGAGGGCGCGAAAGAACAAGUGUCGAUCGGAAAAUGGCGUCGAGGAGGCGGGGCCCUGGGAUCGCGACAGCAGGAAGAAGGGAGGUUCCCGGGAAGGACUGGCGUGGGAAAAACGGAGGCGGGCCCCUGUAGCUCCACCCUCUAGGCCGCCUCCGUCCCCGCCUACACGCACGCGAAGCCCCUCCUCUGACGCGUCUUCCACCACGCCCACUUCCACCAGUCCAGUCUCCUCCCCCGACACGUCACCCUCCCGGAAGCCAAGGGGAGCAGUGGGUGGGGCCAGGGCAAAGGCCAAAUCUAACAUCCGCCAAGAUGGCCGCGCCCAUAAGGCCCGAGACACUGAGGCCUACCCCGCCUGCCGCUACUCUGACCUGGAUUUGGACUGGGUGCCGUGCUCCCCGGAAAGGCAGCGGUCGGAUGUGUGGAAGGCCUUCCGGGAGGAGGCCACGGGCGCCCAAGAUAUAGAGUUUCUACGCGCGUUUCCUGUAUAUUACGAUGAAGGGAGGGAGCCCGAAUGGAAACCAAUAUCAUAUCCUAUGUUGAAAGAUAUAAAGAAGGCCAUAGUAGAAUAUGGGUUGGGUGCCCCCUUCACAACUGGCUUAUUAGAGUCUUUCUUUCUGGCUUAUACUUUGAUACCGUUCGAUGUUAGAGCGGUGAUUGGAGGGUUGCUAACGACCGUCCAGGUUUCAGCGUUUGAAACGGAGUGGAAAAGGAACAUUGUCACCUAUGUGAAUGACCGGACGGGGGGGAGAAGGGUAGCCCCAAAGCAAGCAAUAGACAUGCUUUAUGGAGAGGGAGACUACUCUAGCAGAGGAGCUCAAACGAGAUUAGACCCCAAAAUUCUAGAUAAAAGUAAGGAAUUGGCAUUAGGGGCCUUAAAGAAGGUGGCGGACGCGUAUGUGCCCACCCCUUCUUUCACAAUGAUUAAUCAAGGCCCAAAAGAGCUUUUUACAGAUUUUAUAACUCGGCUUAAAGAGGCUAUUGCCAGGCAGGUUCCUCAAAAAGAAUGCCAAGAAAUUCUAUUUAACAAAUUGGUCAUCGAAAAGGGUAAUGAGGACUGCCAAAAAGCAUUGAAGCUUUUGAAAGAGCCCACUCUGCUGGAGAUGAUUGAAGCGUGCAAAAACGUAGGGUCGAACUCCCAUAAAGCGCGUCUAUUAGCUGCAGUGUUCUCAGGACCAAAUCAUUGUUUUGAAUGCGGGGAAAAGGGGCACUUUAGAAAACAUUGUCCUCGCCUGUCAGCGUCUACACCAGAUCUCCCAAAGACCCUGUGUAAGAGGUGUGGAAAGGGGCGGCAUUGGACUUCGACAUGCCGCUCCACCACUGAUGUAAAUGGCGAGCCCCUCUCUCCGUGUCAUUCACCUAGGAUGAGAAAAAGAGUCACCUUUUCAUCGCUGCCGGAUCUGAGGUCGAGUGAGUGUGAGCCGUCGGGAAACGGGGAGCAGAGCGCCAGGGGGAGCGUGAUGACACAAAUGGCCCCCGCACUGCGCUCCAUCCUGCGCCAACCAUCGCGCCCAGUUACCCCGUAG